AUGGCCUCUAAGGUGAUAGGGCAACAACGAAGUAAAUCGGACUGCUUGUUUGGGGAUAUUUAUUAUACUUCGAGUAUUCCUAAUCACUCCCAUUUUAAUAAUGCAUACCUCAAUGGUCCGAUUAGUAACGUGGAGUUGCCCUUCCAUGGUGUUGCUGCUACGUCAGUUAACACCACGUCUUCAGAGUUUAUGUGUCACCUUAUUCAGGUAUUAUAUACAGGACUGCCUCCCCCAGAUCCAAUGAUUUUGGAAGCCCUAACUCAUAACCCUCAUUUUUUCCUUUCCCUCUGGCCCAAUUCUGCCUCUGUCGUGGGUUUCGAUCCUCCUGGAUUGUCAAACGAUGAACGGCGCAAACCACACUCCCGUCGAAUUUCUUCCACUGUUAUGCGCAUCUUCUCUCCGAUGCGGAAAAAAUCCCGCCGCCUUCGAAAAUUAUCUCAUCAACAAACACGCACUCGGUCAUUUCGACCCUCUACAACAUCCCUUCCGGCGCAAAUAAUGAUGCCAAUGUCUGGGGAUGUUGGCACCCGGCAUGACUAUUGGUGGUCUAUGUUACAGCUUGCGAGGGACAUUACGAAUCCUCCAGUACCAUUUCAGACCUCUCAACCUACCCGUGGUUCUCCUGCAAUUGUUUCGAUUUCGGAUGAAUCCAAAAGGACGAAGGAUACCUUGGAUACCUCACCAGCAAUGACUGAGACGGCUGAUAAUACUUCACUGGCCUCCGAUGGUGUUUCACUAAAUCAGGAAAUAGCUUCGGUUCCUUCGCAAUCUUCUCCUGUUCCAACCCUCUCCACUCCAGACGCUUUAACAGAUGAAGCUCAAAUUGCAAAGUUAAAGCAGAAUGCUCAACGGAUAGAGGCUGCUAUUCGGAAUAUUGAAUCUCGUAAAUCUAGUGAGUAG